AUGCAGAUGGAGUCCAGUGCUGUGCCGCCUGAUGAGUGUCCCGAUUGCAAGACACAGAGCGCUGAGCUGGGGGGAAGGGGAGGGCGGGGGAUGGUCUUCCAUGCGCCCAUGCCGCGUGGCAGGAUCACGAUUGCAGCUGCCAUCAGCUCCUGUGAAAGAGGCUGGUUUUUGUCGGUUCGCCCUGGACCCCGGACCCUGCUGCCGUGCUAUGAACAUUGCUCGAACGCGCAGGCAUGCAGUGGCAACUGGCGCUUCUCUUGUUGGGGAGGAUGCCGGCUCAGGACGGAAUGUGUGGGAUUUGUUGUGCUGAUUGGGCAAAAUUCGCAUUCAGUAGGUGAAUUUUGA